AUGAGCCAUAGUUCUUCUUCUAUCAAUGGCUUCAUCAGCUUUCUUACACGGGAGUUCGACAACCUCAAUCACCUCCUCCUCUCCCGUGACUUUAUUAUGUCCGCUACUUUCCUUCGACACAUUCUCUCAGUCUUGCGAUCCUCUCAUUCCCAAUUGACAUCUUUGGUCCAAAAGUCGCACUUGCCCGUUGGAGGAAAAUGGCUCGACGACUACAUGGAUGAAACCUCGAGGCUUUGGGAAGUUUGCCUUGCUUUGAAAUCGGGGGCAGCUAGUAUAGAGAAUCUCUAUUCUUCUGCCUUUAAUGUUGCUUCUUUGCUUGAUGAUCAUCAUGCUUUAAAUCAACAACUUUCCCGCCAGGUCAUUCGAGGGAUCAAUGCUUGCCAAAGGGAAAUUCGAGCAUUAGAAUAUGCGAACAAAGACAUAGCAAUGGAAAAAGCUCAAACAUUGUCGCUUAAUUCUCAACACAAUUUUUCAAUGGAAUCAUCAAAGAAGAACAAACACAAUGGCAUAUGCGGUGUCCUCUACACAAUGAGAAGCGCGAACACGUUACUCCUAAUGAUUUUACUCGGUGGCCUCGUGCACUAUUCGCCACAAUUGAGCUAUUUCUCCCAAGAAAACUCCAUUGGAGACUUGCCAUUCGGAUCCACUCUUACAACAUCGAUGGGUAAUUUACGCGAGAGAAUGGCAAACAUAAUGAGCCAUUGGGAGCGCCAACCAACUUGUGCAAUUCUUCUAUACGAAUUGCACGAUACCAAAUGUACAAUGGAUGAGAUGAAAAUUGAGAUCGAGGGCACCAUGCAUUACAAGGGAGUGAUCGAUGUAAGGGAAAAAGUUGGAAAGUUGAAGAGUAGCUUAGGAGCAUUGCAAUGUGGGGUCGAAGGUAUAGUUGGAGAAAUCGAUGAUUUCUUUGACGAGAUGGUCGAAGGGAGGAAGAUGCUUUUAGACAUGUGUUCUCAUAAGUAGAGACACAAAGUGAUCGAGAAAAGAAUUAAUGACAUGUGAAGCCCAAGAAAUUAAAGUAUAUGAUUAUUUUAGCGACAUGUUUUUAUA